AUGUAUCGCUCUAGGGGCCCUUUUGCCCCUUCUGCCUCGUCGUCUCGUGCUUCUACUUCAACAAAGUGCCAGAAAUGCCUUAAGCUUGGUCAUUAUAGUUUUGAAUGCAAAGCUGCUGCUAGUGAACGCCCAUACGUCUCUCGCCCUUCGCGGACUCAGCAACUACUGAAUCCCUCCCUACGCCCAGCUCUUACAGAGUCGACUCCCCCUUCGGAUGCAGUCAUACUCAAGAAGAAGGGGACCGCAGACGAAAUAUUGAAAUCGAAACAAAAAGAAAGGGAGAGGGACCGUGCACUAGACCGAAGUGACCGCGGCCGCAAAAGGCGGCGAGAAAGUCCAUCGCCUGGCGCUGCAUCACGUACCCGUUCGAUUUCAACAGGGUCAACAUCCUCGUACUCCAGCAUCUCUUCGGGCCGCUCCCCUACACCACCAAACUACUCACAAGACCGCGCAGUAACCCAUAAUCCCCCCCAAACCCGCCGUCGUAGUAAUUCGCACGCCCGAGAUCAUCAUGAACGAUCUGUUCGCCGGAAAUACCGCGAUUCACCAUCCCCCGGUCGGAGAGGCCGUAAAAUGAGUCCAACCGAUUUCUCCAAGAAAAAGACAAGGAGCCCCUCCCCGAGACGAGCAAGACGAAGGUCAUUCUCGCCAGUCGAAAAUAUGUCUGUUUCGCCGGCGAGAAAGGGAAAUGGUGGACCCAUAGUGAAGAGAUCAAGUCCGCCUAGGGAGAGAAGCUUGAGUCCAUUCACGAGGAGAAAACUUCUUACAGAACAGAUGCGGAGAGGGCCAGGAUAG